AUGCAUAGGGAUCUGGUGAGCGCCAUCUUGAACAUCUCGGUUGGCAAACCGAUGGGCAAUAACCCUGCUGAAAUGCUGGACUCCGUGUCGUUUCUCAUUCUCAUAAAAGACUCUUCCGUCAACUCCGAUGCAGCCCGUCGUCAACCCGACCGAGAUUGUCAAGGAGUUCGAAGACAAAGCCAAGAGGGAAUGGAUGCUGAUACUUGUCAUCUCGCCCUUGAUAUUAGUCCCGGUCGUGCUGAGGGCGUAGCGGCGCGGGAUUCGCGAAUCUCGGUAGGGUCACCGCCCGGGCAGCCGUCGCCCUGGCCAUCUACGAAGUGGGCAAGGAUCUGUCCAGAAAGUAGCCCAUAUUUGGCUGGUCCUCGAUGCGGAAGCUUACGGCACACGACGAAGGCCAAGAAUGCGGCAACAGCACGAAUAAUAAUGAAGGCCAAGGAUGACGCGAAGCUAGGUGAUGGCAUCAAGGCGCGCAUUGGCUACCUCAAUUCGACCAGCGCUGCUUACUGCAAGACGUGA